GAAAGAUUAAUUUCUGAUAUAGCUAAGAGGGAUGGAAGCAAAAACUUGCGCAAUAUUCCAACUCUCAUUUCUCUGCGCCUUCCUUUUCCUCAUUUCGAAUUUGCAAACUGCAAUAGCCGCAGUUUCAACCGAUAAAACUUCUUCAAAUACCUACAAAAUCUACAUCCUGACAUCCUGCAAUUCAACAACAUACCCAGCUGACUGCUACAAGAGUCUCAAAUCCUACUACAAUACAAUCAAAACAGAUCCUUUAAAGCUCUGCAAAACUUCCUUGAAGGUAACCCUAAAAACCGCGCGUAACACUUCUGCCUUGGUGUCGAGCAUAGCCAAAAAAGGAGGACUGAGUUCUGCAGAGAAAGCAAUUGUUAAAGAUUGCAUCGAAGAAAUUAGCGACAGCAUCGAUGAGCUAAAGGAUUCGUUGGAUGAAAUGGAGCAUUUAGGAACAGGGUCACGUCUUCAUUUACAAAUAGCUAACAUACAAACGUGGGUUAGCGCUGCGCUAACGGAUGAGAAUACGUGCACAGAUGAAUUUGAUGAAGGCAACAAGGUUAGCAAAUCUGUGAAGAACAAAAUCAGGAAGAGCGUUGUGAAUCUUGCUAAGCAAACAAGCAACUCUUUGGCUCUUAUCAACAAUAAUCUUAAGAGUUAGUAAUGAAUUUCAACCCUCAUAAUAGUUCUUGGUGUGUUUUUCUUCUUUUAAUUCUUUUUGCUACAAAGUUUAUAUAUAUGUUCUCUUCUGUUUAAUAUGUAUCUGGUUGUAACUAGAAAUAAUCGCAAAAAUCUU